AUGCAUUUUCGGAAUCUUGCCCUGUGGCCAUUGGCCGCUCAAGCUGUCAACAUCAUCUCGUCAAAUGAUGAUGGCUGGGCCGAGGUGAACAUCCGCGCAUUGUUUGAGUCGCUGGGAGAUUCGGGGCAUUCGGUUGUAGUAUCUGCGCCUGCUGAGAAUCAAAGUGGUACAGGUUCUAUUCAAAAGACGCCCACUGCCUUGACCAAACCUUGUGAAUUCGAUAGUUGCCCAUCUGGCAGCCCAGCAGUGGGAUACAAUUCCUCGGAGCCCCGACUGGGAUACGUCAACAGCUACCCCGCCACUUCGAUGAAAUAUGGCAUAGAAUCGCGCGCUCCGCAAUUUUUUGAUGGCUCUCCCGAUCUAGCUGUGACAGGUCCUAAUGUCGGCUACAAUAUUGGUUUAGAAGCGUACUUUUCUGGAACAGUGGGUGCCGCUACCUACGCUGCUCACACUGCUGGGAUUCCUGCUAUCGCUUUCUCCGGCUCUACUGGGUCGCAGACUUCAUGGAACACCACGCGUCCUCUGUACAGUGAUGUCUAUGCCGACUUGGCCACUAACUUGACAAAUCAAGUGGUUGCUGCGGGCAAGCCAUACUUGCCCAACGAUAUUUGGCUGAACGUCAACUUCGGCAGUGUGUCUGAUUCCGAAUGCACCAAUUCGGAGGAUUUCUCCUUCGUGCUGUCCCGCAUCCACGUUGCCAUCCCCCUGAUCACUCCAGAUGAUGUGACCACGUGCGGCAGCUCGAGACUCCCAAGCGAAAUCGAGGUCUCACUAGCCUCUGGAUGUUAUGCGAGUGUCUCAGUUGGGCUUGCAAGCUCAAAGAGUGACGCCAAUGCCACAAUGCAGGGGGUUGUUUUGAACAAACUAGGCAAUUUCCUGACCUGCCUACCUUGA